AUGAUGGGCCACCAGUUCAAGAUCGUGACGCUGGACUGGUUCCCCAUCAUGGACUUCAAGCGGGACAGUGACGAGACAACCUCAACAGUGACUCCGAAGGACUCCGUCGACGUUCGGAUGCUCGAAGCCUUUGCCUCCACCCUGAAUUUCACGUACGAGAUGCGAGUCCCGUGGGACAACCAGUGGGGCACCUCGACGCCGACGGGGAACUGGACGGGCGUCGUGGGGACACUCCAGCACCACAAGGCCGACUUCUCCAUGGUGCUCUCGUGGAUGUGGGGCCGCCGUCAGGUGGUGGACUACACGAGGAUCUAUCUCUCGGAACCCAUCGUCAUGAUUAUGUCCAAGCCACGACCUCUCCCUCAGUACCUCGCUCUCAUACGGCCGAUGUCGGGCGAGAUCUGGGUGGCAAUAUUCGUCUCGAGUGUGUCUGCGGGCGUGAUCCUGUGGAUACUGCAGAGGUCGUGGGCGUCGUUCUCGGGCAACCCCGGCCUGUCGCUCUCCACCUCCAUCCUCUACACAUGGAGCAUCCUGUUCGAGGAGCCUCCCCCGCACAUCCCCACCAACAUUUCGGGGGAAGUGAGUGUUUUUUUUUAUAUAUUAAGAGAUUCAUUUUUGUUCAUGUGUGUAUUUUUUUUUUACCAUUUGUUUUGUCUUAGUUGAAAGAUUUCUUUUUGGCUUUUCUUGUCAGCUGUAUUAUUUAUGGAUUUUUUAAUUGUUAAUUUCUACAGUAGAUGUUAAUUCAUUUUUUGCAUAUUCUCUUUUGUUAUCUUCUAUUUAUGCAUUUACUUUUUUUGGGUGGGGUUAAACCAUUUAUAAUUUUAGAUCUGCACUUUCUUCAGCGAACUUACGACUAUUCACCAUAGAAAAAAGUA